AUGCCCAGGACAGCCCUCGUAACAGGCGCAACAGGUCUCCUGGGUCGACAGGUAAUCAUCGCGUUCCAGCGCGCAGGUUACGAUGUCGUAGGGACGGGAUUCUCGCGCGCCAAACCGCCGUCGAUGCUGAAGCUCGACCUCAAUUCCUCUUCUUCUAUCGCGAGCGUUCUCGACGAGACGAAGCCCGAUGUCGUCGUCCAUUGUGCCGCGAACAGAUUCCCUGAUAAAUGCGACAGUGACCCAGAUGGCACUCGAGCCCUGAACAUUACAGCGUCGCAGACGCUCGCGCAGCUUUGCGCUCAGCGGAGUAUAUUUUUACUGUAUAUAUCUACGGAUUACGUGUUCCCCGGCGUGGAGGGAGAGGCGCCCUACGAAGUCGAUGCCGUGCCACGGCCUACGAAUCUCUAUGGUGAGACGAAAUGGGAGGGCGAGAAAGCCGUGCUUGGGGAGGGAAACGGAGGUGCCGUGGUACUGCGAGUCCCGGUCCUGUACGGGAGCGUAGAGGAAGAGGUGGGCAACAAAGAGAGUGCUGUUAAUGUGCUGAUGGAUGCGGUGUGGAAGGUUCAGAAGGAGGAGAUGAAGAUGGAUCAUUGGGCGGUUAGGUACCCGACGAACACGGAGGAUGUUGGGAGAGUUUGCACUGAUACUGCAACGAAGUACCUUGAUUCGGACAACCGCUCCUCCCUUCCUCCAAUUCUACAUUUCUCUUCGGAAGACAAGAUGACGAAAUACGAGAUUUGCGAACUACUCGCAGAGAUAAUGGGGUUACCCAUUGAUAAUAUGAGCCCGAAUACAGACGGCAAUGACCCGAAUGCCAAGGUCCAGAGACCAUAUGAUUGCCAUCUGUCUACGAAGGCGUUGAAGGAUAUGGGGAUCAAUAUUUCUACGAUGGACUUCAAGGGUUGGUGGAGGAGAGAGGUGAGAGCGUUUAGGAAGUGA